UACUACAGGACUUCAGGAUUCAGUCAGUGUGCUACGAAACGCGGCGCGGAGCGGUCGAGUGCCACAAGCGUAUUCGUUAUAAUCUAUCGCGAAAUAUCGGGACUAUAAAUAUUGAGAUUACUUGCGAUUUUAAAUAAACACAAGUCGCUGUAUACAGAUUGUUCAGUGCUUGUAACAUAUUCAAAUAUCAAGAGAAACCUUUCAUGAAGUUUUCUUUGUUUUGAACUGUGAUAGUCAACAUAAAAUAUUGUAAACAUAUUAUAAAUAAAUCAUGCAUUAAAUAAUUUAUAUGACACAUCACACGUAGUAAUAUAAAACAAAAUGGGGGAAUAAAAUAAAAAAGAGAGAGAGAAAAAAAAACAAAUAAACUGGCAGUGAACGUAAUGAAUGUACGAAACGACUCUGUUCGAAUGAAAUGUACUGUUUUGGGUGAUAUAAGGUGAAUUGUUCAUGAGGGCGGUAUGAGGAACGAAAGGACAUGCAUCUGGUCGUUGCUUCAGGCUCUCGUGCUUUUACCCACUUUGGCAGUCAAAGACUCUCAAAUGACAACGAAGAAGUUUUCGGAAGAGCCCGAAUUUGAACGCCCAAUCGGAAAUCACACUUUCUUCUUAGGCAGAGAAGCAGUGCUUGGUUGUGCUGUUUCCAAUCUUGGAAAGCAUAAAGUGGGAUGGCUAAGAGCAGAAGAUCAAACUGUCCUGACGAUGCACGAGAGAACAGUGUUAGGUGCAAGGUACUCAGUGAACUUGGACGCGCCGAUGACUUGGCAGUUAAGGAUUAGACCGCUCAGGGCAGAAGACAGAGGCUGUUACAUGUGCCAGAUUAAUACCCAACCCAGUAUGAAGUGGCAGAUUGGGUGUAUAGAUGUUUAUGUUCCCCCAGAUAUCGUGAGCGAUGACACAUCUUCAGAUGUAUCGGUCCAAGAGUUGGAGAAUGCAACACUGACUUGCAAAGCUACAGGACAUCCUCCACCAAAGAUUACUUGGAGGAGAGAAGAUCACGAACCAAUACUGCUAAAGAAACCCCUUUCAAGAGACUUCGACAAAGUGGAGAGUUACGUGGGCAGCUCGCUCCCGCUGUGGCGCGUGGACCGACGGCAGAUGGGCGCCUUCCUCUGCAUCGCGUCCAACGAUGUGCCGCCAGCAGUCAGCAAGCGGAUCAUUCUUCUAGUAAACUUCGCUCCUACAGUGAAAGUGCCAAAUCAGUUGCUAGGAGCUCCUCUCGGUACGGACGUGAAGUUAAAAUGCUACGUGGAGGCUUACCCUAACACCAUUAACUACUGGAUCAAGAAUCGAGGGGAAAUGUUACUAGAUGGGCCUAAAUACAUAAUAAGAGAAGAGAAAUCAUCAUACAAAGUAUCCAUGUGGCUCACCAUUAGACAGUUCUCCAAAAACGACAUUGGUACAUAUAAUUGUGUCAGUACCAACUCUCUGGGGAAGAGUGAGGGUACGCUUAGACUGUAUGAAAUAAAACUCAAUUCUCACACAGAGGACUUCAGCAAUCAAAUCAGUGUCGCUGGAGGUCUCACAGAAGCGGCAAAGGGGAAUACUUGUAAGAAAAUACAUUUAGAAUGGACGUUGUUGAUUAUAUUCUGUUAUAUAAAUCUAUAUAUGUUAACAUAGUUAUUGUAAAUAAACUGUUAAAUUAACAUUUUAUGCUUUAAAGGUGAAACGUAAUUCAAUUACAUGUUUCAAUUUUUGUAAAUAUUAAUUUGUAAGGACUAAUAUUUAUUGUAAAAAAAAAACACAUUACACAACGACGACUAUACUCAGUAAUUAGAUCGUGUAUCCAAAGAUUCGCUUAGUACCGCCAAAAUUGAACUGUUUACAUCUAAUUGUGUAAACUCAUCGCUCGAUUAUAAGACUGUUUACAAAACAAAAAAAAAUAAAGAAUA